AUGCUAUGGAUAUUUUUAUCGGAAACAAAUUUAUACAAAUUAAUAGAAUGUACAAUAAAUUUAUGCAAAUCAGCGGAUUUUGGUCGUGCGGAUAAAGUUGCUGAAUUUGUUCGUGCAGAUAAAAUUGCUGAAUUUGUUCGUGCAGAUAAAGUUGCUGAAUUUGUUCGUGCAGGUAAAAUUGCUGAAUUUGUUCGUGCAGGUAAAGUUGUUGAUCGCCUUUGUUUAACUUAA